AAAGAGAGGCUUGCAUAUGUACAUCUUAGAUUACUAACAUGUUCUCCCACUCUUGAUCCAAUAUCUUUAGUUGGUUUAUGCUUUCAUUCCAUUUGACAUUUAGGUCUGUGAGGAACCUUUAUUCUUGCUUUUUAAGUCCUUUCUUUCGUUUUCCUUUCUAAUUUUGGUGUUUUCCAUGUCCAACUUAAAAACUCAGCUCGAUACAUGAGAUAAGAAGCGUGGAGAUUUUUGAGACGAUUUCUGAUUCUCUGUAAUAUUUUAACCCUGCUCCUCUGCAUUUGUAAAUGGGCAAUUCCAUGGUCUUAGCGUUCUACAUUACAGUAUGCUGCGUUGCUUUUGUUAUAUCAAAGAUCAUCAUUUCAGUCCUCCUCUAUAGAAGAUGGAAAAGAAAGCAUAUGGUUUCCGAAGAUGGCUACUCAGGUGGGAAGAUGGUGAUGUUUAGGUCUCCAAUGAUGCAAUCUCUAACAUCCGAUGCAUUCUUGAAGAGGACACUGAAAUUGAGCAAUAAAGACAUCAUUGGCUCUGGAGGCUAUGGCACUGUUUAUAGAUUGACUAUAAAUGAGUCCACAGCCUUUGCAGUUAAAAAACUGAAUAGGGGAACUGCAGAAAGAGAUAGAGGUUUUGAGAGAGAGUUGGAAGCAAUGGGAGACAUAAAGCAUCGAAAUAUUGUAACUCUUCAUGGAUAUUACACAGCUUCUCACUAUAAUCUUCUCAUAUAUGAGCUGAUGCCAAAUGGAAGCCUGGACAGCUUUCUGCAUGGAAGAUCUAUGGACAAGAAACUUUUGGACUGGCCAUCCAGAUACAAAAUAGCAGUAGGUGCUGCAAGAGGAUUAUCAUACCUUCAUCAUGAUUGCAUCCCUCACAUUAUUCACAGAGAUAUUAAGUCGAGCAAUAUAUUGUUGGAUCAGAACAUGGAGGCCCAAGUUUCUGAUUUUGGAUUGGCCACAUUGAUGGAGCCAGAUAAGACUCACGUUUCAACAUUUGUUGCUGGAACUUUUGGAUAUCUAGCUCCUGAAUAUUUUGAUACAGGAAGAGCAACGGCAAAAGGGGACGUUUACAGUUUUGGGGUCGUCUUGCUGGAGCUUUUAACAGGGAAGAAACCAACCGAUGAAGCAUUUGUGGAAGAGGGAACUAGGCUUGUGUCCUGGGUGAAGGCAGUUGUUCAAGAGAAGAGGGAGGAGCUUGUACUCGACAGUAGCUUAGACAAUUGUCCUGAGGAUGAGAUUAACAGUGUAUUCAGUAUCGCCUUAAUGUGUCUUGAACCAGAGCCCUCCAGGAGGCCUACCAUGGCUGAGGUUUUCAAGAUGCUAGAGAAAAUUAAAUCAGACAAUGUUUGAACAGAUUUCUAAACCUUGUUUAAAGCAAUUCUAUCCCAUCGUCAUAUAGUCCCAUCAUUGUAACACAUUUUUCGAUGUUCAAUGCCGCAAGGACAGAAAAUGCAGGUCAAGGCAGUACACAAUGCAA